CUCACAGACUGUGAAAAAGCCUGCUUGCAUUAUGGAGGGAGAUCAGUUGUCCUAGUUGUCAGGCAUUCCACACCAAUGUGUUUAUUUUUAGCCCACAGACAUGAUCCCCCCUUUAUCUGGACCUGUGCAAUUGUGACAGAGUAAGAGAUUGUAUUACUAAACCAAACUUUACACAGCAGAUUUUACACGAGACGGACCUUAUCAAUGGGAAACUACAAAUCAAGACCCUCUCAGACGUGUACAGAUGAGUGGAAGAAGAAGGUGGGUGAGUCAUACUCUGUGAUCGUCGAGAAGUUGGAAGAUGACCUCCAGCUUAAAGACAGCGAGCUCGUGGAUCUCAAGCUUGCUUUCAGCUGCGAUGAGGCUUUUCAGAAGGUGAACUUGAGCUACCGAACAGAGAAGGGGCUGUCGCUGCUGCACCUCUGCUGUGUGUGUGGAGGUAACAAGGACCAUAUCCGCAACCUGAUGCUCAAAGGCCUUCGUCCCUCCAGACUGUCCAGGAAUGGAUUCACUGCGCUUCACCUGGCUGCUUAUAAAGAUGAUGCUGAGCUGGUGACUGCACUUCUCCACGGAGGGUCAGACGUGCAGCAGUUGGGUUAUGGUGCACUCACAGCCCUGCAUGUGGCCACCCUGGCCGGGCACCACGAGGCUUCAGAUAUCCUGCUGCAACAUGGAGCCUAUGUCAGUGUUCAGGAUGCUGUGUUUUUCACACCACUGCAUAUUGCUUCUUAUAACGGAAACGAGCAGUUGACAAAGCUGCUGCUGAAGUUUGGUGCAGAUGUGAAUGCAGGCGGUGAAGUUGGAGAUCGUCCUCUGCACCUGGCUGCAGCCAGAGGUUUCCUCGGCAUCAUCAAACUUCUGAUGGGGGAGGGCAGCAAAGCUAAUAUCAAUGCCACGGAUAAUGAGGAACAUGUUCCUCUGCACUUCUGUGCUCGCUUUGGUCACCAUGAGAUCGUCCGAUUCCUCCUGCAGGGCAACUUUGACAUUCAACCUCACUCUGUCAACAUCUACGGGGACACGCCGCUACACCUAGCCUGCUAUAAUGGAAAAUUUGAAGCAGGAAAGGAGAUUGUGCAGCUUUCUGGCCCAGAAAGUCUGUCGAAGGAGAACAUAUUCAGUGAGACAGCAUUUCACAGUGCUUGUACGUACGGUAAAGACCUGGAGAUGGUCAAGUUCUUGUUGAGCCAGAACGCUAUAAGCAUCAACCAUCAGGGCAGAGACGGACACACAGCUCUGCACAGUGCCUGUUUUCACGGACAUAUCCGCCUGGUGCAGUUCCUGCUGGACAGCGGAGCAGACAUGAACCUGGUAGCUUGCGACCCGAGCAGGUCUAGUGGGGAGAAGGACGAGCAGACCUGUCUGAUGUGGGCUUAUGAAAAAGGUCACGAUGCCAUCGUCACCUUACUGAAACACUACAAACGUCCUGACGACUCCCCCUGCAACGAGUACUCUCAGCCAGGAGGGGAUGGGUCCUACGUAUCUGUCCCGUCUCCUCUGGGGAAGAUCAAAAGCAUGACUAAAGAAAAAGCAGAAGUCCUUCUGCUCAGAGCCAGCCUCCCAUCUCACUUCCAUCUUCAACUGUCUGAGCUGGAGUUUAAUGAAAUUAUUGGAUCAGGCUCCUUUGGAAGAGUCUACAAAGGCAAAUGCCGGAACAAAAUCGUCGCCAUCAAGCGAUAUAGAGCCAACACCUACUGCUCAAAGUCAGAUGUGGACAUGUUCUGCAGAGAGGUCUCCAUCCUCUGUCGACUCAAUCACCCCUGCAUCAUCCAGUUUACGGGGGCGUGUUUGGAUGACCCCAGCCAGUUUGCCAUUGUGACGCAGUAUGUUUCUGGAGGCUCGCUGUUCUCUCUGCUGCACGAGCAGAAGAGGUUGAUCGACCUGCAGUCCAAGCUCAUCAUUGCCAUCGAUGUGGCCAAGGGCAUGGAGUACCUGCACAACCUCACCCAGCCCAUAAUCCACAGGGACCUCAACAGCCACAACAUCCUGCUGUAUGAGGAUGGACAUGCAGUGGUGGCUGAUUUUGGAGAAUCUAGAUUCCUUCAAUUUUUGGGCGAGGAUAACAUGACCAAGCAGCCAGGGAACCUGCGCUGGAUGGCUCCUGAAGUGUUUACGCAGUGCACUCGCUACUCAGUGAAGGCUGACAUGUUCAGCUACGCCCUCUGUCUGUGGGAGCUGCUCACUGGAGAAAUUCCCUUCGCUCACUUGAAACCUGCGGCUGCAGCAGCAGACAUGGCUUAUCAUCACGUCAGGCCUCCUAUUGGUUACUCCAUUCCCAAACCCAUCUCUGCACUUCUGAUGAGAGGCUGGUACGCCUGCCCAGAGGACAGGCCUGAGUUCUCUGAGGUGGUUUCCAAUCUGGAGGAAUGCUUGUGCAAUGUUGAGCUGAUGUCUCCAGCCUCCAGUAACAGCAGCGGCUCCCUGUCGCCAUCCUCCUCCUCAGACUGUCUGCUUGGACGAGGAGGACCCGGCAGGAGCCACGUGGCAGCCCUCCGCUCUCGUUUUGAGCUUGAGUAUGCGCUCAACACUCGAGCCUACGCCUUCUGGACUCAGAGUGAGCACCGUCGAGCAUCCGGAGGGCUUUCACUGGAGGAGCUCAGACGGAACAUGCAGUUUUCUCCGAUCGAUCGAAAUGGGUACGUGUCUGAUCCAAUGAGCACCGUGAGAUUCUGCUCCUCGUUCAGCAGCAGCGGCAGCUUCGAGGACAGUAACUGAACACGAGUGUCAGUCACAGCUUUUUGGACAGUUUGCUUCUAUCAAACUGUAUAGAUGGGGGGUAGACAUAUAGUGAUAUAACUAACUUUAGUUGAAACAUACUGCAUGAGUUCUUUUUUUAAAGCACACUUUGAGAUCCUAUGUUCUUGUGUUACAUACGUUUUGUUAUACAUAUCAUGUAACGUAAAUAUCUAAUUGAAAUUUCAAGAUCUUUGUAAAAACUCUUUGUGUGACACCCAAAACUUGUUUUUCAUGAUUUGCAUUCAAUCUGAAAUGCAAGCUUUGAGAAUUCAAAUGUGCGUAUCAUUUUUGACAUGAAGUGUCCACACACCCUCAUGAAAGACUUAAAAGAAGUCUGG